UCAAUGGCCACACUGCGCCAUUCCUCCUCCACCCUGACGUCUGUGCAUUUUAAAAUCGACGUUUUUUGCGAGAAAAACCAAGGAAAAAAUGUCCUCAAACGGCGACUGCUUUGUUGUUCUGCCCGCCAAUUGCGCCGAUGGUUCGCUUAUUUUUGGUCGCAACGCUGAGGACGCCACGGCCACAAGCGUUGCGUCGGAGGUCUGCUUCUAUGAUGUCAGCGAAGUGCUGGAGGGGAAGGCCGACGGUGGGGCGACUGACUCGGAGGCGAGCGACGGCGACGCUUUGCGUGUCAUAUUGCAGAAACCGCAGCCUGGUCUCUGGGGUGGUGACUUCGGGGCCAACGAACGUGGAGUGGCCGUAGGGCUCACUUGGGCGGCAGGUGAAGAGGAAGCCAAAGAUAGCGAUUGCCUGCUGGGCACUGAUAUAGUGCGUCUAACUUUGGCCAAGGCCAGCGACGUGGACGGGGCUGUGGACCGAAUCGGAGCUUUGGUUGCAACCCAUGGCCAUGACAACUCCAAAGUAAACUUUAUUGUUUGUGAUUCCGCUGCUGCCUGGCUCGUUAGUUGCGCAGGAAAAGUCUGGGCAGCCGAGAAGUUGGAGAGCAGCUUCCUCCGACUGCCGACCGGUGGACUAGUGGUGACCACCACCGUAAACAAGUCUAGUGAGGGACUGGAUUCGACCUCUAGCUUUGCCGCUGCCCACGAUGCCGAGGCGCAGGUUCCGGCCGAGGAUUGGUGUGGACCAAAGCCAGCUGGAGAUGGCACUUAUACUCAGCACGAUAUGUUUGAGACGCUUCGAGCGGCCAGCAACCCCAGCAGUUCGCGAGCGGCCACCGUGUCGGUGUUGUCUGGCAAGGGAAUCUCGUGCCAUUGGUUCACGGGUACGCCCAAUGCCGCCGAGUCAGUAUUUAAACCAUUCGUUUUCGCUCCCAAGCCGAGAAUCUCGCCACUGACCCAGGUACAGGCGGAAUCGGACUUGACGUUGCUGCACAAGCUGCACUCACAGCGGAAGCCGGCGGCCUUAGAGCACUUGCGCAGUUUGGAACGUUCAUGUGUGGACGAGCUGAAUAACUACUUCUCACUGCAAGAUCAUGCCAGCGACGAGCUGGAUGAACUGCUUAAGGACUGUGUCGAGGCGGAGGUUAAGUUCUAUCGCUAGACAAAUGAAAGUGUAUUUCUAUAUGGAUACUACUCCAAAAUCAAGCUUGCAAGCAGCUCUUUUGAGCCCCUGGAUUUGACUUGAGCACUCUUUAUGGCAAAAUACCAAAUAGGCUUUCUUGUGCAAUUUCCUAUCGAUUUUAUUUCGUUUAUAGUUUGUAUGCUUUGCGUGAUAUUUCAUAAUUGAAUUAUUUAUUCUCUCUAUCUCAGUGGCAAUCUCUGACUUGAUUUAAAAGUAUUAUUAUUAUGUGACAUCCCCAGCCUUAGUUAAAAUGAUUUACAUAAAACUACAUUCAAAUAUAUAAAUACAAUACAUAUAUGAAUACAUCAUA